AUUGAUUAAUUAAAUGAAUUACAAAUGUCAUAUACUGAAGAAACUACGGCUAAAUAUAUAAAUGAAAGUACAGUGUGUAAAGAUUCCGAAAAUAAAAUCAUGAAAAAUGAAUGCGGACGCCAUAUUGUGAAUCAUUACAAGCGGGCUUUUAGAAAAUGGUGUUAACGUGUUAUCUUUCAUAAAUAUUUAUUUAUAUAAAUUCUAACAAACAAAAACAUAAUAAAAUUCUUUAGAUAAUAAAUCAGCAAAUGCAGUAAUAUUUCUGAUCAAUAAAUGUAAGUGUUAGAAUAACAAUCAUAAUUCUUUUGUUAAAUUUACGUAAUUAAGAGAAAACUAAAUAUGAAUCGGUUACCAAUACAUGAAGCUUUGAAGCAAAUAGCAUUCCUAGAAGGAAAAUGGAUCACCGAUAACAAUAAUCUUGGAUUAGGUAAAUUUCCAACGAUAAAACCAUUUACCUAUUGUGAAGAAAUCAAUUUUACAUCUAUUGGCCAACCGACGUUCAACUACCUUGCACAGAGUUGGCAUCCUACAUUAAAGAAACCGAUGCAUCGUGAAACUGGAUUCAUGAAAAUUAUACCAGGAACUAAUAAAGUAUCUUUUCUUCUGGCACAUAUUUUUGGAUUGACUACGAUUGAGGAAGGUACUGUUGUUGAUAAUGUUAUUCAUUUAAAAAGCACUGGAAUUAUGAGACAAACUGAAGGAAUGAAACUACCUGCUGUUAUUGAGACAUAUAGAGAAUUCAAAAUCAAUGGAAAUUCACUGGAACAAGUAUUUUGUAUGGCUACUACAACUGUACCAGAGUUAACAGAACAUUUACGUGUAACAUAUACCAAAAUUGCAGAAGAUUCAGAAGAAAAAUAAAAUAAUAUGUUACUCUAAUGAUUAGUUUAUAAAUAAAUAAUGGUGAGUAUAAUUAAUAUUGGAAUAUUAAAUUGUAACAUAAAUGCGACUGUAAGCAGCUAUCAAAACUAUAAAAAUGCAUAUAAGUAAAAAUCAAUUAAUAUAUUUAAACACAUGAAAUGAUUAUAGUAAAGUAGUAACUU